AUGGCUUGUUCCAUCUCCAAAGGCGGCCAUCACGACGGAGGCUGCCACGUAUCGCUACGUCAGAUGCAGCGCGCGAAUGCCUGGCAGGAGGCUCUCGUCGCCCUCCUUUCUAUGGCCACUCAGUCCUCCGAGAUCUCAGUAGUAGCGUUUGGUAUCUGCCUCAGCGCUUGCGAGCGGGCGGCGCAGUGGCCGCAGGUGCUGCAGCUGGUGGAGGACCUCCGAGUGACAGCACUGCAAGGCAACCUAAUCACCUACAAUACAGCGCUGAGUGCCUGCGCCAAGAGCGAGGAGUGGACGAAGACCCUCCAUCUGCUCGAGGAAAUGCAGCGGGAGGACCUGCAACCAGACAUCAUAUCCUUCAACUCAACCAUCGCCGCUUGCGAAUGGGAGAUGGCUCUGGUCUUACUGGAAGAUGCCACUCAGAGAGACCUUCGAGGGACCAUCAUCACCUAUGGCUCCGCGAUUACCGCCUACGGCAAGGCCGAAAAGUGGCAGCAGGCGCUUCAGUUGCUGCGCGAGGCGCAGGAUGGACGUCUCCGUGGAAAUCUCGUCACCUGCAGCGCGUGUGUCAGUGCCUGUGAGAAGGCCGGAAGAUGGCAAGCGGCCUCUGAGUUGCUGAGAGCAGCUCAGGAGGAGUCUCUGCAUCCUGACGUCAUCCUACUGAGCGCGGCGGUGAGCGCUUGCGAGAAGGGUGCGGAGUGGCAGCAGGCUUUAGCAUUGCUGGCCCUGGCUCCAUCCCUGAGCCUCCGAGCAAACGUGACGACCUACAAUGCAGCUAUCAGUGCAUGUGAGAAGUGCGAGCAGUGGCCACACGCUUUGGAGCUUCUUGCAUGUCUCCGCUCUGCACAGCUUCGCGCCGACGUGAUUUCUGUCAGCUCUGCCAUCAGCGCCUGCGGGCGAGGUGAGCAGUGGCAACGUGCAAUGGCCUUGAUGUCAAGCUUCCAGGAACAUGCCGGUCAACUUAACGACGUGGCCUUCAACGCUGGGAUAUCGGCCGCUGAAAAGUCUGGAAGAUGGAUCCUGGCUUUAUCUUUACUGGCGGACUCUCUUUGCACUCUGGCUGCGCCGGUCGGCGUGAUAUCUUGCGGUGCCACGAUCAGCUCCUGUGAGAAGGGCGAUCAGUGGCAGUGGGCUGGACACUUUCUCCGGGAGCUGCCACGACACCAGGUACAGGUCAAUGCGAUCACCUACAAUGCUGCCAUCAAUGCAUGUGAGAAGGGGGAGCAGGCUGUUUCCAAUACGCGUUCUGCGAUGUAA